AUGAAUGAAACAGUACCACUGUUCGAGACUCCGAUCGAAACUUCAAACGUAGCAGCUGGCGAGAAUUCGACAGCAGAAACGAUAUUAUCAGAGUACGGCAUUGAAGUCAGCAAAAAUGUGUUAGAUAUUAUGAACGACGCUGUAGCGAGCAAUUUUACAAGGAAUACGCUUCGAAAGAUUCUCACGGCUUUAUAUGAUGAGAUUGAUCCUAUCUAUCGUGAUGUGUACAAAACGAAGGUGGUACCCAAACUGUCUGGAUUGUCGGAGGGAAAGCAAACGCUUCUAGACGAGUUUUUGAAGACGUAUAAUCUGACCCAAUCAGAUAUAGACAAAGACUCAGAAAUACGCCGACGCUCCAAAGCCAUUGAGCAGUUACUGGAGAAGCAGCGCAAGGCUGCAGAGGAGGGACGCGAGCGUUUUGCUAUGUACGGAAACCAUUCUCUGGAAAGCGAUGCGUGA